CGUUCGAGACCUUCCAGAACUCCGAUCUUUCAUCCGAUUCCUUCCCUUGGUAGAUAAACAUACCUAGUUUCAUGUUGUAGAAGCCUUUGGUCUCGAAUCAGAUCCAUGCUCCUUGAAUUGAGCUCCAAAGUAGGCUUCACAAAACAGUUUUCUGCCUUAGCCAUUUUCUGGCAGUUUUCCAGUUUUGAGGUAGCAACUUUGAGGCCUUGGAAAACAACCUUAAUGACA